GUAAGCAAGUAAAGAAACUGAAACAAGAAAAAUGGCGGCAGUUCCCAAGCAGAAAAUAACACAGACUAAGCCAGAUUGCAAAUAUGGUAGUAAAUGCUACCGCAAAAACACCCAGCAUUUGCAGAACUACUCGCAUCCGCGUGGAAACGAUGAAGAGGAAAGCUCUGAAGACCCACCUACUGUGAGAACCAGGAAAGGCAACAAAGAUGUUAAAGGAAAUGAAAAGAAGACAAUCAGAGAUUAUUUUGGGAAAACCCAUGAUUUAUCAGAAUCAGAUGAAGACGAUGAUGGACCAAAGACGAAAAAGGCAAAGACUGACAGUUCUUCAAAAGAUGUUGCUUCUUCUAGCAGUGAAGUGGUUGAAACUAAUUCUUCCAAAGAGGCUCAGGAAAAUGAUGAAGAUGUGGAAGAGGAAGACGAUGAGGCCCCAGCAUCACCUGAGGACAUCAAAGAAAGUAUCAAGGCAAAAUUCCUCGUUGAAAUGCCCGAGGAUUUUUUCCUCUUCUGGGAGUUUUGCAAGUGUCUGAAUCCAUCAAAACCUCAAGAUGCCUUGAAGAAAAGUUUGAGCCUUCGACUGGUUGGACCCUUUGAUGUUGUAGCGGGGCGCCAUAAAGGCGUGACGAGAAAUAAGAGAGGGCGGAGGCCCAACUUCCUGUUACACUACAGAUACUACUACGACCCACCGGAGUUUCAAACUGUUAUUGCUGCCGACGAUGACACAAAGUUUCAUCUGGGAUAUUAUAGAGACGACCCCCAAGAAACUCCUGUGUUUGUGGCAAGCAACUCCCCCGGCCAGCCGCCCAGGGAUAAAAUCCAUCAGUGCGGGGAAAACCUGUUUGCAGCUGUGCACAUUUAUGCAUCUAAACAAGUCAAGACAGCAGCAGCAAAUAAAAAGAAGGACAUCCAGACUCUGAUCAAGUCCAUUGAGGAGGCAGCAGCCAAACAUAAGCUUCCCCUGGAGGCUUCCACCAAACAGAUGAAAAGCCGUCAGAAGAAGGUGGUCUGCCCGACGUUCCACAGUGCGGGUAUCGUGGUGCCGGUAGACGACAACGAAGUGGGCUACAGGCCUGUGCCAGAGACCAUCGGCGAUUUGCGCGCCAUGUUCCGAAAGAUCUCGGAGUCGAAGGGUGAGUCGGAGCGAGAUAAAAACAUGGAGGAUCUGCACGAGCUGAUCACAUUGGUCCAGUUUGCCAACGACGAGUGUGACUACGGCGAGGGCCUGGAGCUGGGUCUCGACCUCUUCUCCUUUGGAGGAAAAAUCUUUCACUCACAAAUAGAAACCCUUUUGCCUUUGGCGUAUCAGCUGUUGAAGAGGAAUGAGUUCUCCAAGAUUAUCGAGGCCCAUUUGAAGAGGCGACCGGGGGUCACGGAAUGUGUGGAUGAACUGUUGUCGUAGCUGAUUGUUUCACCUAGAGUGGUGUCUCCCGUUCGCGUGCACUUCUUGAUCUUUGAACCUAUUUUCCACUAUUUCCGGCUUCCUACUUUCUUUUUCAACUAUUCCAUUCAAGAAAAUAUUGACCUAUAAAAUGGUCUUGCUCAUAGUUGCAAAUUUUUUUAACGCUGUGUGCCCAACAGUUUUUCCAACCUUGGGGAUUUUCUUUACUGUGCGUGCAUAUCUUCUCUGUACGUACAUGGGAUUCCUUACUGUGCGUGCAUAUCUUCUCUGUACGUACAUGGGAUUCCUUACUGUGCGUGCAUAUCUUCUCUGUACGUACAUGGGAUUCCUUACUGUGCGUGCAUAUCUUCUCUGUACGUACAUGGGAUUCCUUACUGUGCGUGCAUAUCUUCUCUGUACGUACAUGGGAUUCCUUACUGUGCGUGCAUAUCUUCUCUGUACGUACAUGGGAUUCCUUACUGUGCGUGCAUUCAUAUAUACAAGUUGAAAGCCAACAGAAGAGAAAUCUGAUAACAUUUGUGCAUUAACUGAUUCCGUCCAUUCGGCCGCUGACAGCGGCUCUGACUUUCUCCACUGCAUCCGUUCGGCCGCUGUGAGCGGCUCAACGAAAUCCGAAACAAAUGUGCACUUUUUAACUUGGUUCCUACUUUAUAAGUUGUCGAAAGGAAGUAGUACUUGUAAACAAACCUGACUUCAAUCUCUGAGCGCCAAUAUCAAUCGAAACUCCGCGAAAUUCUUUCAAAAAUCGUUGUUUUGUUGUCGCUAUGUAGGCUAGAUCUAAGGGUAAAUAACACGUAGCCAGGUAUAAGAAAAAGGCCCUUCAAAGACAGAUAUUCAACUAACUUCGUGAAAUUCUUGCAUAAAUGUGUGCUAGGGUGAUAUCGCUACAAUUUUGUGUUGUUUCCUUUGGAUUAUAAGGACUUGUAGAGCUGAGAAAAUGCUGUAAGUCGAAAUUUUCAAAUAGGUGUUGCACAAUUUUUUUUCAUCAUUCGUUUUUGUCUGACGCAAAAUACCAAUACAAACAGAUUAUAGGUCAUUGUUAUUGAUAUAAACAGAUUCGCACAGGCUAAAAAUCUUGAUGCCACCCAGGAAUUUGUCAGUACAUGUAAUAGUCUGAUAACGCAACAUUUGUAACAUGUAGGUUCUGCAUUACAAACGUGGUGUCGCCA